CUCUUUUCGAGAGAUGCGCUUGUCAAGGAUGAUAUCAUAACGAAGAAUUCCAAGAACAACAGAAUAUUGGCCUGGCCUGCCGGCCUUGCAUCCACAGCGCUCAUCCCUUAUUACCGAGCCCCUCACCGUCACACAGGCCAAGCCGUCACCUAUCCGCGACAGCGACUUACAGGCACAAUAUCAAACAAUGAAUACUCGUCCACCUAUAGAGACGGCGCCCUCGACAGUGGUGCUUUCUGUAUCGUUCAAUAGUGAUGCUAGUUGCUUCUCGGUUGGUCUCAACUCAGGGAUAUGCAUCUUCCACACCAAGUCUUGCCUUCUCAAGGCAUCCAGAGACUUCAAUGCCGGCAUCGGUCUGGUCGAGAUGAUGGGGACGACAAACUAUCUGGCGCUCGUCGGUGGCGGUAGACAACCCAAGUUCAGUAGCACCAAGACCAUUAUCUGGGACGACAUGAAGGGUAGAGUGGCCAUAGAGAUCGCCUCUCUUACACCAGUGCGGAGCGUCCGGAUCGGUCGAAACCGUAUCGUCGUAGCGCUCCAGAACAGCGUUCGUGUAUACUCGUUUGCGAAGCCUCCCGACCUGCUGUCAGUGUACGAAACCACGAACAACCCCCUUGGACUCGUUGCCAUGUCAGACAAGACUAUUGCAUUCCCGGGUAGAACCGUCGGGCAGAUCCAGCUCGUCGACAUCGGAACCGGCAACGUUAGCAUCAUCCCCGCUCACUCAUCUGCCCUCCGGGCCAUUCAAGUGAGUCCAGACGGCGAGCUUUUGGCGACGGCAAGCGAGAUGGGCACUUUGAUCAGAGUCUUCGCCACAAGUAAUUGUGCCCGGCUUGCCGAGUUGCGGCGGGGCGUUGAUCCUGCCACGAUCUUCUCUCUCGGCUUCAGUCCCGAGGGCACCAAACUAGCCUGCACAUCAGACAAGUCGACACUGCACAUAUUCGACGUCCCGCACCCCAAGAAGCCCAUGACAGCACCGACCAGCCCGUCGGCGUCGCAGAUGGCGGGAUCCGGCAUCCUUGCAGGCAGACCGGCCGACGAUGGCAAGGGCCGCUGGGGAUUCCUGGGCAAAAUUCCCUUGAUGCCGCGGAUGUUCUCGGACGUAUACUCUUUCGCAUCUGCACCAUUCGAAGCAGGCGACGAUCCCCUCAUCGGCGGCCUGCCCAUGUCAGAACAGACGACACUGGGGACAACGAGACCGCAGAAAGGCGUGAUCGGAUGGAUCACGGAAGACAGUCUGGUCGUGAUUGGCGCCGGACACGACGCUAGAUGGGAGAAGUUUGUGAUAUCCAAGGGAGAGGAUGGACGCCGCUAUGUCGUGCGGGAAGGCUGGAAGCGAUACUUGGGUAGUGCUUCAUGACGAGAUGUUUCUCAGGCUGGCUCGUAGGAGCCAUGCUGGCUAUUUGGUUCACGGCACCGUGUAUAUUACAUUCGGCGUUGG